AUGUCGUCGACACUGUCCAACAGCUCUGUCGCGAGCCCGCCGUACUGGAUGAACACGCACGCGCACCAGCGCAACACGUCCAGCGUUUCGGUCGAGUCCGUCCUGCCGGCGGGCGCCAUCAUCCUGCAAGACAACGACACGAGCGAACACCAAGACCGAAACAAUGCAUGCUGGGCAAAGAGCGUCGAGGUUGUCAACUACACCGUUGUCAACGGGGGCGCAACAAGUGUCGGCGCAUUUAUAGUCUGGAACGUCCGUGUAGAAACUCUAAGUGGAAGCUAUAUGAACAUCCGGAAGCGAUACUCGGAAUUUGACGAGUUCCGCAGCAAACUGGUCAAAUCGUUCCCCGGCUUUGAGGGGGCUGUGCCAUCGCUCCCUCCCAAGAGUGUGAUUUCCAAGUUUCGACCCAACUUUCUCGAGAAGAGGCGGACUGGCCUGCAAUAUUUCCUCAAGUAG